CUGACGUGACCCAAUCAAACGGUUAAUCGGACUCGGAGCCAGGGGACCCUGUUACGAAUUCGCAUUAAGCCAGUAACACCAAUCGGUACACAGUCCGGCGGCCGUGUCCACCUUUGUUUUCUUCUUAGCUUCGCAUAGACGAAAACUAUCGAGAUAACGUGCACAACGCACACAAUUUCUUACCAGAGAAUGCGACGAGUAAAUAGUAGCCACAGAAGGCACAGAUAACAUAGAUUACAGAUGGGCAACAAGAUCGCGCGCACGACGCAGGUCUCGGCGUCGGAGUACUACCUCCACGACCUGCCGUCGUCGUACAAUUUGGUGCUGAAGGAGGUCCUUUUGCGAGGUCGAUUCUUCAAGACGAUUCUGUGUAAGCACGACGAGGGUCUGGUUCUUGUGAAAGUCUACUUUAAGCGUGGUGAGCGCAUCGAUCUCAAAGACUACGAACGCCGCUUGACUGAGAUCAAGGACACCUUUCUUCCCCUUGACCACCCUCACGUUUGGCCAUUUCAGUAUUGGCUAGAAACGGAUAAAGCAGCUUAUCUCGUGAGGCAAUACUUCUUCAACAAUCUUCAUGAUCGACUGAGCACUCGACCUUUUCUCAGUCUUGUGGAGAAGAAGUGGUUAGCUUUUCAGCUACUUCUUGCUGUGAAACAGUGCCACGAGAAUGGAAUUUGUCAUGGUGAUAUUAAAUGCGAGAAUGUGUUGGUCACUUCCUGGAAUUGGUUGUACCUUGCUGACUUUGCAUCAUUCAAACCCACCUACAUCCCCUAUGAUGAUCCUUCAGAUUUCUCUUUUUUCUUUGACACUGUUGGAAGGAGGCUCUGUUAUCUUGCUCCUGAAAGAUUUUAUGAGCAUGGAGGUGAUAUGCAAGUUGCUCAAGAUGCUCCUUUAAAGCCUUCUAUGGAUAUCUUUGCUGUAGGGUGUGUAAUUGCAGAACUGUUUCUUGAGGGUCAGCCUCUGUUUGAACUCUCUCAGCUCCUUGCUUACCGCAGGGGACAAUAUGAUCCUAGUCAACUUCUUGAAAAGAUUCCAGAUUCUGGAGUACGCAAGAUGAUACUUCAUAUGAUUCAGUUGGAGCCAGAGUCACGACUUUCUGCUGAAAGCUACCUGCAGGAUUAUGCAGCUAUUGUUUUUCCCUGCUACUUCUCGCCAUUUCUGCAUAAUUUUUACUGCUGCUGGAAUCCUCUUUAUUCGGAUAUGAGGGUUGCAAUGUGCCAGAGUGUUUUCCACGAGAUACUAAAGCAAAUGACAAGCAAUAUGUCUGGUGAGGAGACGGGUAUGGAACUUAGCAUACCUCCAAAUGACAGGGGGGGCAUUGUGUCAAAAGAGAUAAUCACAAAACAAAAGGUUGACUAUAGGAAUGACCCACAGGGUGUGCAAGGUUUAGUUCAUGAGAGAUCCAAACUUGCCAAUAUCAACAGCCUGUUUGGAGACGUAAAACAAGACCAUCACUCUUGUGAUGUAAAGCCCACACUAGACGGUGCUCCUGCUACUGCAUUUUCCCAAAAUCUCAAGCAAUGUAGCAUUCAAUCUCCUGGGGAGCUUCUUCAAAGCAUCUCCAAUGCAUUUAGGAAAGAUGGCCAUCCAUUCAUGAAAAGGAUUACAAUGAAUAAUUUGAGUGCCCUGAUGUCUGAGUACAAUAGCCAAUCAGACACUUUUGGCAUGCCUUUUCUACCAAUACCUGGAGAUAAUAUGAGAUGUGAAGGAAUGGUUCUGAUUGCCUCUUUGCUAUGUUCCUGCAUACGAAAUGUGAGGUUGCCUCAUUUAAGGAGAGUGGCUAUACUUCUGUUGAAGUCUUGUUCAUUAUACAUUGACGAUGAAGAUCGGCUGCAGCGGGUGCUUCCAUAUGUUAUUGCAAUGCUUUCUGAUCCAGCAGCAAUAGUGCGCUGUGCUGUCUUGGAAGCAUUGUGUGACAUUCUGCCUUUAAUCCGGGAUUUUCCGCCUAGUGAUGCAAAAAUUUUUCCUGAGUAUAUUCUUCCUAUGCUUUCUAUGAUGCCAGAUGAUCCAGAGGAAAGUGUGAGGAUAUGUUACGCGAGCAACAUCGCAAAACUUGCACUCACUGCUUAUGGAUUCCUGAUGCACUCGAUAAGCUUGAGUGAGGCUGGGGUUCUUGAUGAAUUAAGUCUGUCAGGUAAGUCGUUUUCAUCAUCUAGUGAGACUUCCAAGCAGCUGCAUAGGGUGAAUGGUGAUGCUCAGCUUGUGCAACUGAGAAAAUCGUUAGCCGAGGUCGUUCAAGAACUUGUGAUGGGUCCAAAGCAGACUCCAAAUAUUAGGAGAGCCCUCCUUCAGGACAUUGGUAACCUUUGUUGCUUCUUUGGCCAGAGGCAGAGUAAUGACUUCCUCUUACCCAUCCUUCCAGCAUUUCUUAAUGAUCGAGAUGAGCUGCUAAGGGCAGUAUUCUAUGGACAAAUUGUGUUUGUCUGUUUCUUUGUGGGCCAACGAAGCGUGGAGGAAUAUCUUCUACCUUAUAUUGAGCAAGCUUUAAGUGAUACAACGGAGGCUGUAAUUGUCAAUGCUUUGGAUUGUUUGGCUAUUUUGUGCAAAAGUGGUUUCUUGCGGAAGAGGAUACUACUUGAGAUGAUAGAACAUGCUUUUCCAUUGUUAUGUUAUCCUAGUCAAUGGGUGAGAAGGUCAGCCGUCUGUUUUAUUGCAGCUAGCAGUGAGAACUUAGGUGCAGUGGAUUCAUAUGUGUUCCUUGCACCAGUGAUACGUCCUUUUCUUCGCAGACAACCGGCAUCUCUAGCUUCUGAGAGGGCCCUCCUUGUGUGUUUGAAGCCUCCCGUCUCGAGGCAGAUGUUUUACCAAGUCCUGGAAAAUGCCAGGAGCUCAGACAUGUUGGGGCGGCAACGAAAGAUAUGGUACAGUUCAUCAGCAGAGUCCAAACAAUGGGACACUUUGGGUUUACUUAAGAGAGAGGUAGAGGAUAUAAGUUCAGCGAACAGUUGGCCUGACAAACAAUACUUUUCUGAGGGUCAAGAACCUUGUAGAACCAUGCAUCCAAUUGAGCCAACUGAAUUUGAUGAUGAUGCAGCGAAGUUGAGAUCUGUGGGAAGCAUCAUAUACAAUGGGUCUAGUACUGCUGACAUCCUUGAUCCCUUAAGCUCAGAAAAAUUACAGUUUUCAGGCUUCAUGCCUCGACGAGCUAGUGGUGUGAAUAGUUUUAUGUAUGAUAAGUCCUCUGACGGCAUACCCUUGUACUCCUUUAGCAUGGACCAGCGUCAAGUGAAAAAUCCUUCAAUGGCUUCUGACUCCCCAUCACUUGACAAUUUCUUAGGAACUGGUUCUUCAUCCAUGCCUUGGAUGGAUCCUGUAAAUAAAUCAUUUAGUUUGUCUAGUUCAGUUCCAGUGCCUAAGCUUGUUUCAGGUUCAUUCAGCAUCAGUGGUGGUUCUAAACAGUUUCAUAGAGUGGUGCAUGAACCAGAAGGCAGGGAAAAUGAUCAAAUAUCUAAUGUUAGUAGUAAAUUUCAAGAGUUGGGAUUAUCUGAUUCAUCGAAAGGGAGUUCUAGUGCAGAAGAUGCUUCUGCUCCUGAUCUUAUCGGAUUGCCAUCUUUUGCACGAACAACGCCUUUACCAGAUUCCAGUUGGAGGCCCCGAGGGGUUUUGGUUGCACACCUUCAGGAGCAUCGUUCUGCAGUUAAUGCCAUUGCAGUAUCAAAUGAUCAUAGCUUUUUUGUGAGUGCAUCAGAUGAUUCCACUGUCAAGGUGUGGGAUUCAAGAAAGUUGGAGAAAGACAUCUCAUUUAGGUCAAGGCUGACAUAUCACCUGGAAGGAAGCCGAGGACUGUGCACUGUAAUGCUCCCCAACUCUGCUCAAGUCAUUGUUGGAGCGUGUGAUGGAAUGAUGCAUUUGUUUUCUGUUGAUCGGGUCUCCAAAGGUGUUGGCAAUGUUGUUGAGAAAUAUUCAGGCAUUGCUGAUAUAAAAAAGAAGGAUAUCAAGGAAGGUGCCAUACUUGGCCUUCUGAACUACUCAGCUGAAAAUUGCACUAGUCAUAUGGUUAUGUACAGCACCCAAAACUGUGGGAUUCAUCUUUGGGAUGUUAGAGCAAAUUCAGAUGCAUGGACUCUAAAAUCAGUUCCUGAGGAAGGCUUUGUGUCUUCUCUGGUAGCAGGCCCAUGUGGUAAUUGGUUUGUUUCAGGGUCAUCUAGGGGUGUGCUUACUCUUUGGGAUCUGAGGUUCCUCGUACCUGUGAACUCAUGGCAAUAUUCUAUUGUAUGCCCCAUAGAGAAAAUGUGUCUGUUUGCUCCUCCUCCACAUGCCUCUCUUGCUACUACUACAAGACCUCUUGUGUAUGUUGCUGCAGGUUGUAAUGAAGUGUCACUUUGGAAUGCAGAAAAUGGGAGCUGCCAUCAGGUCCUGAAGGUGGCAAAUUAUGAUGCUGAUCCUGGGCUGUCUGAUAUGCCAGGGGCAUUAUCCUGGCCAUCCAAGGCAAAUAAUUCUAGAGCAGAUUUGAGGCAGAAUCUGAAUCCCAAGUACAGAGUUAAUGAACUUAAUGAACUUCCUCCACGUCUUCCUGGCAUCCGUUCGUUGCUUCCCUUACCUGGGGGUGAUUUGUUAACUGGGGGUACUGACUUAAGGAUCCGUCGGUGGGACCAUUGCAGUCCUGAUCGGAGUUACUGCAUGUGUGGGCCGAAUUUGAAAGGUGUUGGAAAUGAUGAUUUCUACGAAACAAGAUCCAGUUUUGGGGUGCAAGUUGUCCAGGAGACGAAGAGACGUCCUCUGGCAACCAAGUUGACAGGAAAGGCAGUUCUUGCAGCUGCUGCUACUGACCCUGCUGGGUGCCACCGUGACUCCAUCCUCUCUCUGGCCUCUCUCAAGUUAAACCAGAGACUCUUGAUAUCAAGUUGUAGAGAUGGGGCAAUCAAGGUUUGGAAGUAAAUAAACGUCUGAGUGCAAAUUAAUUAUUGUACAUAUAUAGUGCCAAAACCAGUUCAAAAUUGUACAUGAGGAAAAAAAAAGAAAAAGAUUAGAGAUAAAAGAUAAACCUCUUCCUCCUCUGGUUCUAUUUACAAACACUUACACAUACUCCAGUUGAUUUUGUACGGGAGAUAUGCUUGUAGACUUGUUGUAGCUGUAGGUAGGCAUUAAUAUUGUUAAAUAUUUUAUCUCA